UCCGGCAUGGGCUCGGUGGCCAACGGGGCGGUGAGGCCUCCCGCCCGCAGAGCCGUCUCCCCUGAGCGGCCCUCCCGGGCGCUCGCGCUGGUGGCCAGCAGCCCCGUGGCUUUCACAGCCAACGGCACCCUCGCCUCCCCAGGAGGGCAGCUGGGUCAUCCCGGGAGGAUCGCCAGUCCCGCGGCGCUCGCCCCGCAGCAAGAACAGAUUGUUUUCGCGGCCAGCCCUCAGCCCUCGCCGUCCUCCGGUAGCAGCAACGUGGCAGCGCUGCCCUCGCAAAGCAGCCGCCUCUCCAGAACAGCAGCAGAAGUGCCACCGGCGUCCCCCGGGGUCGCGCGGGCGAUGCCCCCGGAGCAAGAUGUACCUCCCCAGAAGCCGGCGUCCCCCCCGGACCAGCCCGUGGUCCUCAGCACCAACAGCCCCGCCGCUCUCAAAGUGGGCACGCAGCAGAUCAUCCCCAAGAGCCUGGCGUCCGAAAUAAAGGUGACGGGCAAAGGCCAGGGCGCGGAGACGAGCAAGAGGGUGCUGAAGGUCCGCAGCAUGGUGGAGAGCCUCAGCGUGCCUCUGGUAGCCGAUGCCGAGGAGGAGGCCGAGGGCGACCUGGACAGCCCGGGGACCCUGCGGCGUGGCCUGAGGUCGACGUCCUACCGCAGAGCCGUGGUGAGCGGCGUGGACUUUGACAGCUCUUCUAAUUUUAAGAAGAAGAACAGAAUGUCCCAGCCCGUACUUAAAGCAGUUGUUGAAGAUAAAGAAAAAUUUUCAAGCCUGGGGAGGAUAAAGAAGAAAAUGCUGAAAGGACAAGGGACGUUUGAUGGGGAAGAAAACGCUGUAUUAUAUCAGAACUAUAAAGAAAAAGCUCUGGACAUAGAUUCUGAUGAAGAGUCUGAGCCCCGAGAGCAGAAAUUGGAUGAAAAGGUUGUUUUUCACUAUAAGCCCCUGAGAUCAACGUGGAGUCAGCUGUCCAUUGUAAAGAAGAAUGGAUUAUCAGAAGCAAUCAGCCAGGAAGAAAGAAAAAGGCAGGAGGCAAUAUUUGAAGUGAUAUCUUCUGAGCAUUCUUACUUGCUGAGCUUGGAGAUUCUGAUCCGGAUGUUUAAAAAUUCCAGGGAACUGAGCCUCACAAUGACCAAAACGGAGAGUCAUCACCUUUUCUCCAAUAUCACGGAUGUUUAUGAAGCAAGCAAAAAGUUCUUUAAAGAACUUGAAGCAAGACAUCAGAACAACAUCUUCAUCGAUGAUAUCAGUGAUAUAGUUGAAAAGCACACCUCCUCAACGUUUGAUCCCUAUGUGAAAUACUGCACCAAUGAAGUCUAUCAGCAGCGCACACUGCAGAAGUUACUAGCCACCAAUCCGGCGUUUAAAGAGGUGUUGUCACGAAUCGAGUCCCACGAGGAUUGCCGGAACUUACCAAUGAUCUCUUUCCUCAUUCUCCCCAUGCAGAGAGUCACUCGGCUUCCCUUACUGAUGGAUACUAUUUGUCAGAAAACUCCCAAGGAUUCGUCAAAAUACGAGACCUGCAAGCAAGCUCUGAAAGAAGUGAGCAAGCUGGUGCGUUUAUGCAACGAAGGUGCUCGGAAAAUGGAACGGACAGAGAUGAUGUACACCAUUAACUCCCAGCUGGAAUUUAAAAUCAAGCCAUUUCCAUUGGUUUCCUCUUCACGAUGGUUGGUGAAAAGAGGGGAGUUAACAGCGUACGUGGAAGACACUGGACUCUUCUCUAAAAGAACCUCUAAACAGCAGGUGUACUUCUUCCUCUUCAAUGACGUCCUCAUUAUCACCAAGAAGAAGAGCGAGGAUAGUUACAACGUCACGGAUUAUUCUCUGAGGGACCAGCUGGUGGUACAACAGUGUGAGAGCGAGGACCUGACUUCUUCUCCGGUGAAGAACGCCUCAGCUAUGCUGUACUCGCGGCAGAGCUCUGCCGUGCACCUCUUCAGGCUGGCUGUGCUCAGCAACCACGCCGCCGAGAAGGUGGAGAUGCUCCUGGGCACAGACACUCAGAGUGACAGAGCUCGCUGGAUUACAGCGCUGGGGCAGGACAGAGAUGGGCAGAAAACGGACCGGACGACUCUGGCUCAGGUAGAGAUCAUCAGAACUUACACCGCAAAGCAGUCGGAUGAGCUGUCUCUUCAAGUUGCUGAUGUCGUUUUGGUUUAUCAGAAAGUCAGUGAUGGUUGGUAUGAAGGGGAACGGUUGCGGGAUGGCGAAAGAGGUUGGUUUCCCAUGGAGUGUGCUAAAGAAAUCACCUGUCGGGCCACGAUUGACAAGAACAUGGAGCGGAUGGGCCGCUUGCUCGGACUUGAAACCAACGUGUAGGAGGGUCUUUGCUGCUCCACGCUGUCCUACAGGAUUUGCACUAACAGCGGUCGGUGGGGGCACGGCUGCACGCCCUGCAGGCCUCGCACAGAAGACAGGGGUCACCACUGCAAAAAAUCUACUUACAGAGCACUGAUGUUUUGGAUACUCGUCCCUUUUUGGUGUGACAGCUCCGAACUGAAACCUGGCUCCACCAGUAGCAGAUUUCAACUAGAAGUAGUUUCUUAGGCACUGGAGAUCGGCCAUGCAUCCUUUUUGACUCACAUUUCAGCUUCAACUUCAAUUCCUCCAUCCCUGCCUCUUCACUUAUUCUUUCUCCAUCUGUUUUUGAGCAUUUUGACUUUCUUUCAGAAGCAGAACUUGGUGUAGCAGUCUGUGUAGGAGACUAAACACCAGGAACUUGCCUGAGCCCUUGGGCUGGAAGCAAAUAGUAACACUGGGGGAAGCUGCAGUGUUACAUUCCCAGUACCAGAGCCUGUUAAUGGGAUGUUGUGUCAAGAUCUGUCUGACCUGAACUAGCAAGGCAGGGAGGACCAUGUCCCAGGCUCUGUGAGAGGCAAUGACAUCUCCGCUCUGUGCUGGGGAAGAAGCCAGAGCAGUGCCUGGAGGGGCGGUGGUCUCUGACACGGUGUGUUACUUGUGGGGGCAGCUCAGAUGACUUCUCCUCCUAGUGCUGCAGUGCUGAAAGGAUUUCUGAACGUGAGAAAGAGGUACCAAACUCAGCAGAAUAGGCAAUGUCAGUUUUCUGAUUCUCAGAUCCAUUUUAUCACAGGUAUUUUAAAGGAGUGUAACUGCUGGAAAUGGGUCCAUUUUGUUUCCAUUUUCCAUGAUUAAGUCAAUCUUCAUAUGAAGUUAGUGCUUUUGAAGAUGGGUUUUGAUGAGGACUGCCAAAACCAUGAAAUACUCUGCUCUGGGCUUGGAGGGGUUGUUUUUUCAGUCUUCCUGCUCUUCUGUACUAGAGGAGAUGAUUAUUUCCUUCUGUGGAGGCAAAAAGUUCAACUGAACUUCAGUUCUACCUCCAUCUUCAGGGUUUGUUAGCAUCGUGUUGAAUCCACAGGUAAAAACAGAGGGAGAAGAGCUGUAGUUUUGUUAAGGUGCCAGGUUCUAUAAAUGGUAACAGACCACCACUGAUCAUGCCAUACCUCAGUGAACUUGGUGUUUUGUCACCUUUGCCAUUCCCAUGUGACUGCAGUGGGUGCUUCAGGCAGGAGAGGGAGGGCAGGCGAGAGAGUGAUAGAUAAAGUAGUACCCAGCGGCUCGCAGCAGCGCUGCUCCACAUGUGCUCUUCUCUGCUUUUGAUAAGACUCCUCACAAUUGCACUGCACACAGCACCUGCUCAAGUUUUGCAUCUGCAGUUUAGUUUCGGAAUUUCACAAAAAAGCAGCAGACAACCACUUAAUGUUGUGUGAAGAACAUGCACUUGAAAAUGAAGGUAAAUUUCAGUGCAAAGUAUAGGUGUGACAGUUUGCAUUAUAAACUUCACCUUUCUAAGGACCAGCUGCUAACUCAGCAGGGCAGAACACACUCUAUAAAAAUGAGGG